CCAGCACAAAAGAACCAACCACAUCCCAUCCCUAGCUAGCCCUGCACUCUCUCUGAGAACCACCAGAGCAUGACAUCCCUUAGUACUUUCACCUUCUCCUUUCUGUUACUCUCCUUCUCUCCUUCAUUUUCCUUUUUCUAUGCCUUCGCUGCUGGUACGAUAGGAGUGAACUAUGGCCGAGUAGCCAACAACUUGCCAGCACCAGCAGAAGUGGUGAGCCUUCUGAAAUCACAUGGAAUCAACAGGGUCAAGCUCUACGACACAGACUCAGACGUUUUGACAGCACUCGCCGGCUCGUCCAUUAACGUUGUUGUGGCGCUCCCCAACGAGCUCCUCUCCUCUGUUGCAGCAGACCAGUCAUUUGCUGACUCCUGGGUCAAGGGCAACAUCUCUCAGCAUUUCCCCCAAACAAAGAUUGAAGCUAUUGCUGUUGGCAAUGAAGUAUUUGUUGACCCAAAAAACACAACACCUUUCCUUGUACCAGCCAUGAAGAAUGUUCACAAUUCUCUUGUCAAGUUCAAUCUUUCUUCUAUUAAAAUCUCAUCUCCUAUCGCUCUCAGUGCACUUCAAAGCUCCUACCCGUCUUCAGCCGGAUCCUUCAAAACCGAAUUGAUUGGACCCGUUAUUAAACCAAUGUUGGAUUUUCUACGUCAAACCGGGUCAUAUCUUAUGAUUAACGCAUACCCUUUCUUCGCAUACGCUGCAAACUCUGACGUAAUCUCAUUGGAUUAUGCUUUGCUUAAAGAGAACCAGGGUGUGGUGGAUUCGGGUAACGGGUUAAAAUACUAUAGCCUCUUGGAGGCCCAGCUCGACGCCGUUCAUUCAGCCAUGUCAGCUAUUCAAUACAACGACGUGAAGAUGGUGGUGACAGAAACUGGUUGGCCUUCCUUGGGGGACGAGGAUGAGAUUGGUGCUGGUGAAGCAAAUGCGGCUUCGUAUAACGGAAAUUUAGUGAAGAGAGCUCUGACAGGAAAUGGGACCCCCCUGAGACCGCAGGAACCACUUAACGUUUACUUGUUUGCAUUGUUUAAUGAGAACGAGAAACCGGGUCCCACAUCCGAAAGGAACUAUGGUUUGUUUUAUCCAAAUGAGAAGAGAGUGUACGACGUCCCGUUUACGCUCGAGCAGUUAGGGAAUGGCCAGUCAAUGCCGGUCAACAAGAGCACCAGUCCGGCGCCGUCCGUACAGAGUGGCGGUGAUGUAUCGACGACAUCAUCAGUGGGUCAAACUUGGUGCGUGGCCAAUGGGAAGGCGGGAGCUGAGAAACUCCAAGCUGGGCUCGAUUAUGCUUGUGGCGAGGGAGGGGCUGAUUGCCGUCCGAUUCAGGCCGGUUCCACGUGCUACAAUCCAAACACGGUGGAGGCGCACGCAUCGUAUGCCUUCAACAGUUAUUAUCAAAAGAAAGCUCGUGGUGCCGGUACUUGUGAUUUUGGUGGCGCGGCUUAUGUGGUUACGCAACAACCUAGAUUUGGAAAUUGCAAGUUCCCCACUGGAUACUGAACAUGCCAUGAUGAUGGCGAAUUUUGGAAGGAGAUUUGCUCGAGGGAUUGGUUUUAAUUCUUUCGUCGUCCUAGACAUGUUAUAGCAAAUUUUCUUGCUCCAUACAGUUCAAGUGGAGUUGUUGCUCUUCUCUUUAUAAUUUAUUAUACGAACAGACACAGAUUUCUUUUA